UUUUUGUUUAUAAACGUUUUCUGGCAUUAAUUUUUAUUUUUAUGAUAAAUGUUAAUAUUUUAGGAAAUAUUAUUAAGUUUUAAUAUAAAUUUCAAUAUGGAAGCCAAAAAAAUAUCGUUUGGCUUUAGUAAAAUUAACAAAAAACUCAAUUUAUUGCCUAUUAAAGAUAGUGCAAAAACGGAAUCCAAAGUGGAAUUGAUAAAAUGUUUGGAGGGCCAAGAAAUCAAACUAGUGCAAGAAAAACCUGAUGAACAGCCUUUAAUAAUACCCUUAAAAGAAUCGCACAAGACUUCUGCAGCUUUGGCCAGUUUAAUAAAAAGACGCGCGGUGUUGUUAGGCGAAGAUGAACCGGAAGAUAAUACUACGACCAAUGAAGCAGCCACCGCUUCUAAUAAUGGGCUACCCGAAGAUAUUGAGAAACGUGCGGCCCGAGAACUUUUAGCCGAAAUUCAAAAUAAUGAUGUUACAAAUCCGACAAAUAAUUUAGUUUUACCUGUAGUAAAACCAGAAGAUUUACCUUUAGAGGGAGCCAAAGAAUCAAAUUUAGAUGAUUAUGAUUCUAUACCCAUACAAGACUUUGGCAAAGCUAUGUUACGCGGUAUGGGCUGGACAGAACCGCCACCAAAAACCAAUAAAAAGGGUGGUCCACCCAUAGACGAUACGCCUAUGGUAAGACCUAAAGGUAUGGGUCUGGGUGCAGAUAAAGCUUUAAACAAAAAACCUCUUUUAGUGGCCCCAGAAGCGAAUGAAGUGUUGGAGGUUAAACGUAAUGCUUAUGUGCGUAUUUUGGGUGGCAAACAUAAAGAUCUGUAUGGUCAAAUUGAGGGUUUUGAUGAUCAUGCUGGGAGAGUUAUUGUUAAAAUGGCCAUUGGCGGUGCUAAGGAAGCGUUUAAUGAGUUUCUUUGCCAGCCAGUGUCUAAAAAGGAAUUUGCUCAAUAUGGAAAAUGUAUAAACAGCACCAAAUACGAAGAAUACAAGAAAAAAGAAAAUGAACAUGGUCAAAUUAUUCUGAAUAAAGACGAAAGGGAUCUAAUCGAUAAAAAAUCAAAAGAGGAUAAGAAAUUUAAAAAGGAACGACAGAAUUCCGAUGAAGAGGAUUAUAAAUAUUCUAAAAACAACAGGAAUUAUGGAAAUAAUCAGAAAAAUGAGGACUAUCGUGAAGAUAAAAUAGAUAUUAAGAAAGAAAGUUAUAACUCUAGAGAAGAACGAUACAACAAUGGAAAUGCCAGAAAUAAGGAAAGUGAUCGUAGACGCGACUAUGAUAAAUAUGAAGGAAAUGAAAAAAAUCAUCAAAGAGAAACCAACAGAGAUGAAGAGAGAGAUCAUAGAAGGGAUAACAAUAAUGCUGAGAGAAAAGAUCAUAGGAGAGAAUAUAACAGAGAUGAUGAAAGAGAUCAAAAAGGAGGAUAUCACAGAGAUGACGAAAGAGUCCAUAGAAGAGAACACAACAAAGAUGAGGGACGAGAUCGCCAAAGAGAUAAUAGCAGAUACGAGUCCAAAUCCUAUAGAAAAGGCGACGAUGAUGAUAAACGCCGUUACAAAGACUCACGAAGCGAUAACCGGGAACUUGAACAUAGCUCUUCGCAACGCACUAACAGAGACGCUGAUGUGUCUGGUAAUCGAGAGAGGCAGCGGGAACGUGACAGGGACCAUCACAAAGUUAUUGAUUUAAUUGAUUCCUCCGAUGCUGAAAAUGAUUCACAUUCUUCCAAACACAAAAAAGAUAAAAAAUCUAAACAUGCCAAGAAAAAAUCCAAGAAAAGUAAAUCGAAAUAUAAAAGUGAUUCGUCGGAUACGGAAACAUCAUCAACGGACUCAUCUUCCGACAGCGAGGAUGAAAAACAUAAAAAACACCGAAAGAAAACUAAGAAGAGUAAGAAACAACGUGAACGUUCUCGUUCUAGAGGAAGAAGAUAACUAUUUUUUUAUUGUAUAAAUGAAAAUAAAAAUUUAAAGAG